AUGAGUUUCAGUCGCCCUCUUCCCAAUGUGGAAGGCAUGACCUCCCUCAAAGUGGACAACCUGACUUACCGCACUUCGACCAACACUUUGCGGCGUGUGUUCCAGAAGUAUGGGAGCAUCGGCGAUGUGUACAUCCCACGGGACCGCGUCACAAAAGAGGUCCGUGGCUUCGCCUUCAUCCGCUUCCACCACAAGCACCACGCUGAGGACGCCAGAGAAGCCCUAGACGGGAUGAUGUUGUAUGGCCGUGAGCUGCGGGUGCAGAUGGCGCACUACGAUCGCCCCAGAGAUCCAUCCCGAUCCCGAUUUGAAUCCCGGCGAAGAUCUCCCUUAAGCCCUCCCAAGAGGGAGUCUCGCUCUCACUCUCAAUCUCGGUCUCAGUCUCGGUCUCGGUCUCGUUAUAGCUCUCGCUCCAGCUCAAGUUCGAGCUCUAGCUUUCGCUUUCACUGUCACUCCCGUGCGAGAUCUCCAUCAACCUCCAGAUCUCAGUCUACUCAAAGAUCCAAAUCCAAGUCCUUCUCAGUGGCCAGAUCUAGCUUGCUGACCAGGUCCAGCUCUAGGUCCAGAAGCUUCUCAUCAAGAUACAAGAAGAAAUGCAAGCUGACAUCCAAGAGUGGCUCCAAGUGA